CUUGUGGUUGGACCGGUUUGUUGGGGGGAGGGAUAAAGGGAAGGUAGAACGAGGUUGGUUGUCACUGAGAAGCCCCGGACACUGGAAGGCUAAACGUCCCUCACUUCAUUCAACUUAUCCUCAUAUGAAAUGGUCUCAAAGCCUUUUACCAUCCUCUGUCAGGAGGUUGGUAAAGGUUCAUAAGGAAGAAGAAGGCUGGUGAAGGUCGAGUAGAAGAUGAGAGAGGAGGAAGGAGGCUGGUAAAAGAAUGAGAAAGCAAGGAGCUAGGAAGGGGGUAGGAAGAGGGAGAAGAAAUCUCCAGAGACCAAGCCAGGUUUCUGCCUUCAUUCAGGCUCGACCAUAUCACUUCAGCUACCACCUCAUCCUGGAGGCACUCUGCCUCUUCCCUACCCGAAUGGUGCUACUUCCUGCUGCCCCAGGAUCCAGGUCUCUUCUGUUCCCUACCUCAGAGCUGGGGUUCCAAGUCUCUCCUAGUAGAAGGACCCUUACCAGGAAACAAGGACUUUCCCCUAGACAGUAUUUCUCCAAACUAAGAAACCUGUUUAUCAGUUUGAAUUUGACCCUCUAACCAUUGUUUUACCCUCUCUGAGGACUCAAGAGCUCUUGUCCUUAUACCUCCUUUCUUCAUCCUUUGAGGAGAAACUUCUCCCUAAUAGCUGUAGCUUGGGUCCCUGGUCCCAACAUGCUAGUCUGUUUUUGUGAAUAGGGCCUUGCCUAUUUCCUGGUUGGCAUGGCUGAGCCAAGACAGGUUCCAGGUGGCCGGGAGACUCCACAGGGGGAGCUUCGGCCAGAGGUUGUUGAAGAUGAGGCCCCUCGGAGUCCAAGUCAAGAGGAGAUGAGAGGAGGACAGAGCGGCAGUAGCAGUGAGACAAAGUUAUCUCCUAGAGAAGAGGAGGAACUGGAUCCUAGAAUACAGGAGGAGCUAGAGCACCUGAACCAGGCCAGUGAGGAAAUCAACCAAAUAGAGCUACAACUCGAUGAGGCACGGACCACAUAUCGGAGGAUCUUGCAGGAGUCAGCUCGAAAGCUCAAUACACAAGGUUCUCACUUGGGAAGCUGCAUUGAUAAGGCCCGGCCGUAUUAUGAGGCACGGAGGCUGGCCAAAGAGGCUCAGCAGGAAACACAGAAGGCAGCCCUGCGCUAUGAACGGGCGGUGAGCAUGCACAAUGCUGCUCGAGAAAUGGUGUUUGUGGCAGAACAAGGUGUCAUGGCUGACAAGAACCGGCUUGAUCCCACGUGGCAGGAGAUGCUUAAUCAUGCCACUUGCAAGGUGAAUGAGGCAGAGGAGGAACGUCUUCGGGGAGAGAGGGAGCACCAACGGGUGACCAGGCUGUGCCAACAGGCAGAGGCUCGGGUACAGGCCUUGCAAAAGACUCUUAGGCGGGUCAUUGGCAAGAGUCGUCCAUACUUUGAGCUUAAGGCCCAGUUCAACCAGAUAUUAGAGGAACACAAGGCCAAGGUGACUGGCCUAGAACAACAAGUGUCUCAGGCAAAGACCCGCUACUCAGUUGCCCUGAGAAAUCUGGAGCAGAUCAGCGAGCAGAUCCAUGCCCGCCGCAGGGGUUUGCCCCAAGCCUCAGUUCACAGGCGCUCCUCCCCAGUAGGGGCUGAGGCUGGACCUGAGAGUGGGGAUAGUGGAGACAUCAGGGUUGAGGGGGCAGAGGGUGGGUAUCUGGAGGAGAGUGGGUCCCUUGAACCUAGCCCUGCCCCUGAUACCUUGAGUCUCCUGAGCCUUCGCACUGUUGCCUCAGACCUACAGAAGUGUGAUUCAGUGGAGCACUUGAGGGGCCUCUCAGACCAUGCCAGCUUAGAUGGCCAAGAGCUAAGCCCUGAGGGUGGGGGAGAUCAUGGGAGUGGGAGUCGAGGUCGUCACCAACGAAGCGUCAGCUUAUAGCCCUCACUUUCCCAAAGAGCUGUGUCUCCUCUUUUUGUCCCUAUUCCUCUUCUCACUUGGGGUUCUUACAGACUCUGUUGGUCUCCCUUAGCCCUUUGAGUUCUGCUCUAUUUUGAAAAGCCCCUUACUUCUAUCUCCUCUGCCUCUGUGAUGAUCUCUUUUUUUUUCAUCACUGUGUCACGCUCCUGUCUCUUCUUUCACUGUUACAAGUUUCACUUCUGCCUUAUUCUUAUUAUUAAAUGCCCUCUUUCUUAGCCUAGAUCGCUCUGUCAUUCUCUGUCUCCUUCCCUCUUCAUAUUUUUCUUUCUACCUGAAUUUCUGUUCAUUUUUCACCAUUUUUGUCUGUCUCUCACUCCCUUUCUCCUUCCCCUCAGGGAAUUCAGUCCAGAAGGAACAGGAAGUUGACCAAGGGAGGAGUGCUGUCCAUAGAGGCUCCAAGUUGCUCUUCUCAUUUUUUUUACUCCCCUAGUCCAGACCUAUAGACCCAUCCUCCACAGUCAUCCUUCCCCAUGUUGAGAUUCUCUUAAUAAGACCCCCAAUACUGCUGGACCCUACUAGAGAUUCUUAUGUUUUUUGUCCUAUCCCAGACUUGCAACCCUGCAUAUAAUAAGUUCAUUUACUCAAGAUGCCUUUCCCCAGUUUUUAGUGACUAUUACAUAACUCAAAAAAAGUCAAGUCUUAUAGGAUAAUGGGGGAGAAAUCUGAAGAUUUCUAACCCUUAUCCUGUCUCCCCUGACCCAUGUUAGCAGUGACACUAGGUUUCUAGUGAGUGGUCCAUAUAAAGAAUCCUCCUGUUACCAUAAAUAACCUUUGGUGUUUCCCCAGCUGACUGCUGAUUUUUUUAAGAUGAGAAGGUCCUGUGGAGUCUGUAAUUUGAUAGAUCAGUUUGAGAGGGCCUGAAGUGAGUUGUCCAGACUUCAAGAUAGAUGACUUUCCUCCAUGCUCUUGCUGGAGCAAUGUUUUACCGUGUUCACCAUGUUUUACCUGUCAAGUGUAAAUGAUUGGUCCUCUUCCCCAGAUGCUCAGCAUAGUCAAGGAUAGAAUUAUGAACUACUGUUCCUCAUUUUACCAUCUCUCUGACAUCGUGGGUAGGAAAACUUGGGUACUGUUAGGGUUGGACCCAAAUCCUUUCUCCCUAGCCCUCCUCCUAUAUAAGUUUCUAUAUAUCCCUCUAGGAGUUUCUUGAUUUGGCUGCUAUACUACUCCCUUCCUUCUCCCACUAUCUCCCCCCUACUCCCCACCCCACCCCAACACCCCCAUGUCCCAUCAGUUGAAGAUGGAGAAUAAGUUGUGGCAAUGAAAGCCCUGUAUCUCCAUGGAAAUCAGACACUGGGGAGGUAGGUCACACCUAUAGUACACAAUGAUCCUCACACAUCCACAGGGUGUGUGUUGGAGGGGAGGUUAUUUCCCUCUUCCUACUAUCUAAUAGAAUGGAAAGUUGUUCCUUUUGACAGUGGGCAUAGAGGAAUCCAUUUGCCUCUGCCCUCAUCUUGCUUUGUUUCACCUCAUCUAUCUUUCAUAGGUACUGUUCUACCCCUGUCCUUCCCUAAUAAGCUCUCUGUGUAUGUGUUUUUUGGGAGAAUGAAGGUUUACAUUUUAAAUUCCUGUCCUGUGUGUCAUUCCCCCAGGACAGGGCAAAAUGGUCACAAUGAAAACCAUUGUGUUUGAGGUGACUAUUGGGUGGAGGUGGAAGGAAAAUGGGGAGUGUGUGUGAGAAUGGAGGGGCAGACUGAUAGGAUUUUAUUUAAAUAAAAAAUGCAACUGGAA